AUGUCAAUUAAUUCAACAUUUUCAUCAUAUAAAUCAGAAGGUUGGGAUAAAUUAUCAGAUUCAACACUUUUAAAAAUUGGUGGACCAACAGAACCAUUUUCAAUUGAUGCACUAAAUUUAACGAUUCCAAAAGAGAAAUUGAAUGAAAAGAUAAGAAUAUUAGAUAUUGCAGCAGGUGUUGGUAAUUUAACAAUUCCAGCAAGUAGACAAUUCCCAAAUUCAGAGAUUGUUGCAACUGAUUAUUCAAAAUGUAUGAUUGAUUCAUUGAAUUUAAUAAUUGAGCAAAAUAAAAAUAAUAUUAAAAAUGUUAAAACUCUAAUUGUUGAUGGUCAAAAUAUGGUAGAGAUCGAAUCUGAAUCAUUCGAUUACUGUUUUUCAAUGUUUGGUUUAAUUUAUUUCCCUGAUAGGUUAUCAGGUAUGAAAGAGAUGUAUAGAAUUUUAAAAUCAAAUAAUCAAUCACGUACUUCAAUUGGUAGUUGGCAAUCUGAUGCUUUCUUACCCUCAUUAUUAGAGAAAACUUAUGAACAAGUAACAAGUGGUAGUGGUGGUGGUUUGAAAUUAACAUCAAAACAACCAGCUUUAUCAUUAGAUGAUAAAGUUUUGUUUAAGAGUGAAUUGGAACAAGCUGGUUUUAAAAAUGUUGUAAUUCAUAGUGUUAAACAUAUAAUUAAAAUCAAUGAUUUAGAACCAUUAUUAUCACCUAAAAAUCCAAUUGUUGAUGAUUUCUUUAAAUUAAUAAAUUAUGAAAAUAUUGAUAAAUUUAAAGAAACUUUUAAAUCAAUUGCAAAUUCAUUAUAUAAAAAAGAUGAAAAUGGUAAUUAUUUAUCUGAAUGGAAUUGUUUUAUUGGUAUUGGCGAAAAAUAA